AUAUUCAUAAAAGGAGAUAACCGCGCGGUCUGCAUAGGUGACAGCGGAGUCGGACUCUACCGAGCAAAAAAUGGUACAGCCACAAUUUUUGGAGUGCUAAGUGGAGGAACUCAUUGUGAUCAAAUGCUCCACGAAGGACUGAAAUCAAACGAUUCUUAUGUCUCAGUCACCGCUAUGUUACCGUGGAUCAGAUCUGUUCUCAAUGGGAAAACACCGGAUGGUACCAUUCACUUUACUUAUGAUUCCGACGAAGAGAUAUACAAACUACAGGAUUAA